AUGGAGGAGGAGAAUAAUCUCAGAGGGAAUAUUCCGUUACCGGAUCAGAAGAAGAAGAACUGUGAAUUGACUGGGACGAACUCGGAUUCCUCUGGUUUAACCGUUGACAAUGCGAACGCAAGACCGCAGGGUCCAUCUGCAGUGUGGACAGAUGAAAAGCAUAGGCUAUACCUUGAUUCGUUAGAAGCUUCAUUUGUUAAUAAUCAAUUGCGUCACUCCUUUCGUUUGCGUGGUUGGUCACGGGGGAUGGGAGGGAGAUCAUGUUCAUCGCGACGCCAGUUCAUGGUUCUGCGAGAUGGUAGUAGGCAGAAGAAAAGGAACGAGCCAUUGUUGGAAAGUACAGCUGAUUCUCAUUGUAUUAAGGAGAGUACUCCAUCGAUUUGUCAUUUUAUCUCUGCAGGAAACCAGAGGAAUGCAGCACAUCAUGAUCUUCAAAGACACAAUGCAUCUUGUGGUGGGGGGAUUCAUGUAAGAGAGAAUGCAACUGUCUCUGGUGCAUUAUCAAGAAGUUCAGAACAACAACCUGUGUGCUAUCAGAAUUCUAUUGGCAGCACCACAGAAGUGUCAGAUCAGAACUUUGAUGAAGGAGAUCAAGGAGAGAAGUCGUGCUGUGUCCACAAGGCAAAAAGGUUGAGGACAUCUGGAGCUGAGGCUUCAAGCACUGAUCAGGUUGUGCCAUUCACAAAGUCUGAUACAAGAGAUGUUUCAAGUGCCAGUCAAGCUUCCUCCGAAAGAGAGGAACAGAUGCAUCAAGAGUUGUUAGGAUCAAGAGCUACAACACCAUCACAAGAAGGGUUGCCUGUAUCAGAUGGGUCACAAUCAAAUUCUACUCGAGUUUCAGUCUUCAAAAUGAAGUGGUCAAAUUUUUUGCCAAUUUUUGUUGCUCUUGUGGUGAUAGCAGAGAUCGCCUUUCUGGGUCGUCUUGAUAUGGCUAAAAAUGCUGCUUUAGUUGAUUCUUGGGCUGAUAGCUUUUUGUAUAAGUCAAGUGUUGAUUCUGGAUUGGAAACAGUGAGAACUUUGGAGUCAGAUAGCUGUGAGGAGUGGUUAGAGAAGGAGGAUUCUGUGGUUUAUUCAAGGGAUUUUGAUAAAGAUCCCGUUUUGGUUGCUGGAGGGGAAAAGAUGAAUUUUGAGUGUGAUGAUAUAGUUAAGUAUGUACCAUCCAUUUUAGUAUUGGCAUAUGAGUGGAACACUUGUGGGGUGGGAUGUGAGUUUGGAUUUAACCCCAGUAAGAAUCCAGAUGCUGGAUUUGGUUCACCUCAACAAGGUGGAGCAGCUGGUGUGUUAAGGUCGAUGGAAGCAGCUUCCUACUACACAGAGAACAAUAUUGCUCACGCACGACGAAGGGGAUACAAUGUUGUAAUGACAACAAGUCUCUCCUCGGAUGUGCCAGUUGGCUACUUUUCCUGGGCUGAGUAUGAUAUCAUGGCACCUGUGCAGCCAAAGACUGAGAAAGCACUUGCAGCUGCUUUCAUUUCCAACUGUGGUGCUCGCAACUUCCGCUUGCAAGCACUUGAUGGACUUGAAAGGUCAAACAUCAAAAUAGAUUCCUAUGGUAAUUGCCAUAGGAAUCAUGAUGGAAGAGUGGACAAAGUAGAGACUCUGAAGCGUUACAAAUUUAGCUUGGCUUUUGAGAAUUCCAAUGAGGAGGAUUAUGUCACAGAAAAAUUCUUCCAAUCUCUUGUUGCUGGAACCAUACCUGUGGUUGUUGGUGCUCCAAAUAUUCAAGAUUUUGCUCCUGCUCCUAAUUCAAUUUUACAUAUCAAGGAGCUAGAAGAUGUUGAUUCGAUUGCGAAGACUAUGAAAUACCUUGCAGAAAAUCCCGAUGCCUAUAAUCAAUCAUUAAGGUGGAAAUACGAGGGCCCAUCUGAUUCUUUCAAGGCCCUAGUAGAUAUGGCAGCAGUACACUCAUCAUGCCGGCUUUGCAUUCACCUUGCUACUAUGAUUCGGGAGAAAGAAGAAAAUAGUCCAGGGUUUAAGAGACGCCCCUGCAGAUGCACCAGAGGCUCAGAGACCGUGUAUCAUUUAUAUGUAAGAGAGAGAGGAAGAUUUGAGAUGGCAUCUGUUUUCUUGAGGUCUGGCAAUUUAACCAUAAAUGCUCUAGAGACUGAAGUGCUCAAGAAGUUUAAGUCUUUGAAACAUGUACCCAUCUGGAGGCAGGAAAGACCUGAAAGUAUAAGAGGAGACGAUUUUAAAGUUUACAAAGUAUACCCUGUAGGCAUGACACAGAGGCAAGCUCUGUACGCUUUCAAAUUCAACACUGAUGAUGAUUUCAAGAAUCACUUGGAAGUCAACUCAUGUGCAAAGUUUGAGGUCAAGGUGAUGGAAGUUGGCAAGCUUAGUGACACAGCCAAACAUGGAUCCGUCAUUGAUGCAUGGUAA